CGAUUUUACCAGAAAACGUUCAUACCGGCAGAAAAUGCCGUCACCACAGUCCUAAAAGGGGAGAUUGGAGGAAAGGGUGAAUGCAAUGGGUGUGAUGUGACCUAGCCAGGUCUACCUGACUGCACCACCCCCGUGCUGCCUGCACAAGGAGAUGGAUUAUACCGAGGAAAGCUCUCAAACUGACAUUUAAUUUCUCACUUGGUGAAACCCGGGCCUCUAGUCCUCUGUCUGCGAGUCUGCUCUGCUUGUGAGUCCCGUUUGCCAUCUCCAUUUCCUCUUGAAUAUGGGCAAAAAGCACGCAGCCUCAGUGCCCUCGAAUUAAGUCAAGACUCCCACCUCUGGACCAAGGCCGAGCCUGGGCCCGAUGUAACUCGAUCUAGAGUGCUACUUGUAUGAACACUGUAUGGGCGCCCGUCAUAGUGUCCUCCAUUGUCAAGCUUCGGGGCAAGGCAGGAUGAGUUCCUGCAAACGAUGAUGAUGGCGAAGAAGCAAGAUGCCCGCGUCCCCAUGUACACCCUCGUGGUGGUGGGUCUGUCCGGGACCGAGAAAGAGAAAGGCCAGUGCGGCGUGGGCAAGUCCUGUCUGUGCAACCGAUUCGUCCGUCCCAGCGCGGACGACUUCCACCUGGACCACACCUCUGUCCUGAGCACCAGCGAUUUCGGCGGCAGGGUCGUCAACAAUGACCACUUCCUGUUCUGGGGCGAGGUGGGGCGCGUGCUGGAGGAAGGCUCCGAGUGCCGGAUGCACGUGGUGGAGCAGACAGAGUUCAUUGACGACCAGACGUUCCAGCCGCAUCGGAGCACUGCCCUGCAGCCGUACAUCAAGAGAGCUGCCUCCACCAAGCUCGCCUCUGCUGAGAAACUCAUGUAUUUUUGCACCGAUCAGCUGGGACUCGAGCAGGACUUUGAACAGAAGCAGAUGCCGGAGGGGAAACUGCAGGUUGACGGCUUCCUGCUCUGUGUGGACGUGAGCCGCGGGAUGAAUCGCAACUUUGACGACCAGAUGAAGUUUGUAACAAACUUGUACAACCACCUGGGAAAAACGAAAAAGCCCAUCGUGCUGGUUCUGACGAAAUGUGACGAGGGCGUUGAACGCUACAUCAAGGACUCUCACACCUUUGCUAUUACUAAAAAAAACUUGCCAGUUGUGGAGACAUCAGCUCGUUCUAAUGUUAAUGUUGAUCUAGCUUUCCUCACUCUAAUCCAGCUCAUUGAUAAAAGCAAGGGUAAACCCAAGAUCAUCCCUUAUUUUGAGGCACUUAAGCAUCAGAGCCAGCUCAUUGCCUCUGCCAAGGACCGUUAUGAAUGGUUAGUCAAUCACAUCGUGAAGAAUCACAAUGAAACAUGGCUAAACAUCAGCCGACGCAUGCAAACAUCACCUGAGUACAAAGAUUAUGUGUUUUUGGAAGGUACAGCCAAAGCUAAAAAGCUCUUCCAGCAGCACACACAUCGACUCAAACAAGAGCAUACAGAGAGACGCCGCAAAGGAUACCUUAGCACUUUGCCUCUCGCCCUCAGCUCCUUAGUGUCCGAGCUGGACGAAAUCGAGCAGUUAAGCUGGUCGGGUGUGCAGAAGGUUCUGGAAUCUAAGAAAGAGUUUGACCACUGGUUUGUGGUGCUGGAAGAUGCACCCUGGGAAGACACACCGCACCUCGACAACAUGGAGGAUGAGCGCAUACCAUUUGACGUGUUGGACACGACAGCUGCCGAGAUCAUAUUUGAUGCUCAUCUUGAGCACCUGCGCAACGAAUGCAGGCGGGCAGAAAUCCGGAAGGAGUUUAAGGCCAAGUUGAUGUCCUCUCCGUUCGUAACACCUGGGAAGCCCUGGGAGGAGGCUCGCAGCUUCAUCAUGAAUGAAGACUUCUACCAGUGGCUGGAGGAGCCGGAGUAUCUGGACAUCUACAACAGGCAUCAAAAGGCGAUCAUAGAUAAGGCGAAAGAGGAUUUCCAGGAGCUUCUCCUGGAGUACUCAGAGCUGUUCUAUGAACUGGAAGUGGAUGCGAAACCAAGCAAAGAGAAGAUGGGCGCCAUUCAAGAAGUUCUUGGAGAGGAGCAGCGUUUCAAGGCCUUGCAGAAGCUACAGGCAGAAAGGGAUGCGCUGGUGUUGAAACACAUCCAUUUUGUCUAUCACCCAACAAAGGAGACCUGCCCCAGCUGCCCCAACUGUGUUGACAGCAGAAUUGAACAAACACUGGCCUCGUGUUUCCCAGCUCGUUAUCCAACUUAUGCUAAAACGCACCUGAGCGAAAGCAAGGCAGACAGAAUAAAUUUAGUGAUCUUAGGCAAAGAUGGUCUGGCCAGAGAAAUGGCCAAUGAGAUUCGCGCAAUGUGUAGCAACGACGAUAGGUAUGUGUUAGAUGGCAAGAUGUAUGAACUGGUGUUGCGACCCAUCGAAGGAAACGUUAGACUGCCUGUUAACUCUUUCCACACAUCAACAUUCACCCCUCAUGGCUGCUUGUGUUUGUAUAACUCAAAAGAGUCCUUGACCUAUGUCGUAGAAAGUCUUGACAAAUUGCGAGAAUCGACUCUUGGCCGCAGGGAUAACCACUUAUCUCAGCUCCCCUUGUCUGUUCUGCUGGUAACCAAAAGAGGUGUUGGCACAUUUGGCGAUAUCGGUGCUGAGACCGCCCAAACACUAGUAGCACAGGGACAGCAGGUCGCGGGAAAACUUCAAUGCAACUUCUUGGAUCCAGCAUCUCCUGGCACAGCUUACGGGCGCAACGUCAACGAGCGGCAGAUCAACCAGAUGUUGAAGACCCUCCUCGAUGGCAGGAGGAGUGCAGGUUUUCGUAGCAAUUCCCCUCCUCUGCCUCCACUGCCUCCUACCAUUAGAGACCUACAGCCUGAGCCGAGCCCAGAGGCAGAUUUCCGCAUCAUCAUGUGCCUAAUGUGUGGUGACCCGUACGACGUCGACCAGCUCCUCUCGCCUUUCUUGCUGCCGCAGCACUGUAGGCCGACCUCCAACCUCGCCAGCGACACGUCUGUGCUCCUUGAGCAGACGGUGGGGGGUCACCGGCAGACGAUCGAGCUCUCGCUCCUGUCCUACCACGCCACCUUCUCGAUGCGCAAGACCAAGCUGGUGCAUGGCUACGUCGCAGUGUACUCCGCUCGGCGCAAGGCCUCCCUCGAGACCCUGUGUGCCUUCCUGUGCGAAGUGCAGGACAUUAUCCCUGUCCAGCUGCUGGCGGUGGGAGAGAGCCAGGCGGAGCUGACCGACUCCGAAUCUGCCCGCGAGCUUCUAAAUCAGGGCGAAGAGCUGGCCCACGAGAUCGAGGGGCGUUUCAGCAGGAUAGUGUGUGGUGGAGGUGGAGGUGGGGUUAUAGGUGGGCUUCAUAGGUUAGACCUCCUCCAGCCGUUCUUCAUGGAGGUUAUGGAGAAGCGCUCUGUGGUCGAGGCCACACACAUGUACGAGAACGCUCCUGAAGCGGGCAACACCAAUGAGAACGUGUACUCCCCCCGCUGUGGGUCCCCUAGCCCUGUCACCAUGCUAAUGGACUCAGAGGAAGAUAUGGAGGCCUCACCACCCUACCAUGAUGGCACACUGAUCUCUCACGGCGGCUUUAAGAUGCCAGAUCUGGACUCGGGCGACGCGUUCUCGGUCAUCUCGGACCUCAGUACGUUCGAGAGCAAGCUCAACAACAAGGUGGCUCCCCAAGUGCGCCCGAAACCCAGCGUCACGUUUGACCUGCGGAAAAGUUUCAACCCGUACAUGGACCCGAUGACCCACCGGCGCUCGCUCACGUCCUCGGUGAACUGGCCGCCCGGCGGAGAGGGGGUUUACGACCCCUCCGACUACGCCGAGCCCAUGGAUGCCGUAUCGAAGCCUCGUCCGAGCCACGAGGAGAACAUCUACUCCGUACCGCACGAUAGCACACAGGGCAAGAUCAUCACCAUACGGAACGCCAACAAGAUGCACUCAAACGGCGGCGGCAACGGCUCAGACAGCGAGGCGGAGAGCAGCUCCUUGGAACGGCGCCGGAAGCUUUCCGCAGCUGGGGUCAAGCCUCGGCUUUACCGUGAUCGAUCCAAGCGCCUGGGGAAGUUCAGCAGCUUCCGGACCAGCUUCUCCAUCGGCAGCGACGAUGAGCUGGGUGUCCUGCCCAAGACCAAAGAGGACGAAGUGGGACCCCUGAAAGCGGAGAAUUCACUCAAUGAAGAAGGGGAAGAUCCCAAGAAGAGGAACAUCCUACGAAGCCUGCGUAGGCCUGGAAAGAAACCAAGACCAAAGCCUCGGCAGUCAAUUACAAAGCCAAUCGAGAGCAACUACUUUGGGGUGCCUUUAGUGAAUGUUGUGUCCCCUGACAGGCCUAUACCACUGUUCAUUGACAAAUGUAUCCGGUACAUUGAGGCAACAGGCCUGACCACAGAGGGCCUCUACCGGGUGAGCGGGAACAAGGCCGAGAUGGAGGGCAUGCAGAGGCAGUUUGAACAAGAUCACGGUCUGGACCUGGUGGAGAAGGACUUCACUGUGAACACGGUGGCCGGAGCGCUGAAGGCCUUCUUCUCUGAGCUGCCGGAUCCUCUGCUCCCCUACAGCCUACAGACGGAGCUGGUGGAAGCCUUCAAGAUCAACGACCGAGAGCAGCGGCUGCACACCAUGAAGGAUGUGUUGAGGAGGUUUCCACGGGAGAACUACGACGUCUUCAGACACGUCAUGAGCCACUUAAACAAGGUGAGUCAGUGGAACCGUGUGAACCUGAUGACCAGUGAGAACCUGGCCAUCUGUUUCUGGCCCACGCUGAUGCGUCCCGACUUCACCACCAUGGACGCGCUGACCGCCACGCGCACCUACCAGACAAUCAUCGAGAACUUCAUCCACCAGUGCGCGUUCUUCUUCUACAACCAGCCGGCGGCCGACUCCCCCACGGGCCCCUUCGGCCCCCCGGGGCCCAUGGUGCCCUGCGGCCUGCCCCCGUCGCCCUCCGCGGCGCCACCUUGUGGCCCUCCGGCGCACCACUACAUGCCCCUGCUGCAGUCUCCUCCGCACUCGCCCCCGCAGAGCCCCCACCCGGCCCCGGCCGAGCCACAGACGCUGUGAGAAACACACACACACACACACACACACACACAUUCACACACAUUCACACACAUUCAGAAAUACACGUGUACACACAUACACACGCACACACACAAACAUACAUUUGCACAUAUACACACACACACACAAACAGGCACACAAACACAUACACUCUUACAUUCACACACACACACACACACACACACACACACACACACACACACACACACUCUCACAUUCAUACACACACAAACACACACACACACACACACAUUCUAUUAGCACUCAAGCUCUUGGGCAUUUAAUGCCUGGAAGCUGCACUUACAGCCACAUUCAGAUUGCUCUCAUGAACAAAAAUACAUACAUGCCAAAACACACACACACACACACACCCUUAGACACUGUACAUGGUCCUGCCAGCCACACGCUAAUGUUCCUUUGCUCAGACGCAUGUUCUGUGUGUGUAAGACGGAGAGCAGUGUCGUUAUGGUCUUAACUACUGUUGUUGGGAGUUAGUGUAUGAUUGUAGUCAUACGCACAUUGCACAUAGUAAAACUCUACGCUUCAAAAAGUGCUGUACACUAUUGGAAUGAGAGAGACAUAGCUGCUCACGUCCACGCUGAUCUCCUGAUCUCUGACUGAUGCGACGCUAGUUGGGACGGCAGUGGCAGUGCUGCUGGGUUGGGCUGGAGCGGAGCUCUCUGUCAGAGCAGGAGGCGCUACUAAAGUGCUGCUCUGUUCUGGAGGCUCGUAGAGGCCAUCUGGGGCGCUAGUGCCCUAGACCCAUGAGUUUUCAUUUGAAAUGAAGUCUUUCCUUAUCACCCACCACCACCCCACCCUGCCACACACACACACACACACACACGCACACACACACAACACAAACACACACACACACACACACAUAUACACACCCGUGCACAUGCGCACACAUACAUACACACACACACUGAAUCUUCACUUAGGGAUGUGUGAAGCACUUAGGACAGUGUCCGAGCUCCGUUCCCUCGCAUCCAUUCCGUAAACACGAGCCCUCACCACCAGAAAAGUCAAGUGUCUUGGACGAAGAACAAAAAUAAACAAACAAAAUCGAUAAAUAAGUAAACAAAAGAAACACGACCUGCUGAAAGCCUUUGGUCAGAAGGUGUCUCUUCUCUGUCUCUCUGUGGAUGGCUCAACGACUCCAUCAAAGAAACGAGUCCAAUCACCGUCCACCAAGGGCCGGCCACCAGACUAACCACUGAACUUGACAUGGAGAAAGAAAAAAAAACGAUUCCUGUGUGUUAGCUCCCGAGUCCUCGUAUUCCCUGUGGUAUGUCCGCUACAAAAACCCAAGCUUCAAGGACUGCAAUGUGUCUGGACUGGAUUGGACUGGAUUGAGCUAAGCCUGUGUGAAGGUCAAAAAAAGAGGGGAAGGUCGCUUCAUGAAGACUUCUUCAUUGUGUUUGUCCCUGAUUCUCUCGACCUGUCCCCUGCUCAAUGUCAAUCAAACAUCACUCUGUCUCUAGCUCUCUCGCUCUCUCUCUCUCCGGGAGCCUCCUCUUCCUCUGGAAUGCUGGGAUGUCCAUGGA